UCCCGCAUUCCCUCCCCUACGUGGAGGCCUCGCCCUUUCCUUCGUGUGUCCGAGUCACUCGGCAUCCCCGGCACUCACUCCCUCGACUCCUGGAGCACAUAGGGAGCCCGGAAAGCCCUUUUUGGAGAAUCUGGAACGUUAGGUCGUCGACGUCCCGCCCACGGUUUGACCUGUCUUCCCCCUCCACCGCCCGCGCUCUCCCGCGGGUUCAGGGCUUCUCACAACCCUCGAAGAUUUAUUCGGUACCAUAGGCAAUUCUUUCCAAGGAGAUGUCGAUUCCCUUCUCCAACACCCACUACCGAAUUCCACAAGGAUUUGGAAAUCUUCUUGAAGGGCUGACACGGGAGAUUCUGAGGGAGCAACCGAGCAACAUACCAGCUUUUGCCGCAGCGUAUUUUGAAAACCUUCUAGAAAAAAGAGAGAAAACCAACUUUGAUCCAGCAGAAUGGGGGGCUAAGCUAGACGACCGCUUCUAUAACAACCACGCAUUCAAGGACCCAGAACAAACUGAGAAAUGUGAACAAGAAAUGUCCAAGUCACCUGAGAGAGAGGAAACACCAGUUAUGGCCUUUGAGUCUACUGAGGAAGAAAGAGAAAAGGAGGAGUUCGCUGCUCUCAAAAUCCAGUCAGUCUUCCGGGGACAUCAGGCCAGAGAAGAGGUAAAGAAAAUGAAGUCAGAAGAUAAGAAUGAGCAGGCGAAAGGAGAGGAAGACAAGUGAGGACACGGGUCCCCCCAAAAAACAUGAAAAGUAAUCCAAAUCCAUCGUUGUUGUGAUUGUCAUUUUUUUCCUCAGUAAGGGAAACUUGAUGUUGUGGAAUAGCAUUUGUUGCUGCUGUGAAAAUCUGUCAUGAGCAUUUGUUUAAUAAACAUGCCAUUGAAACACA